AUGGAGGGCAAAGGACCACUCCGGUGUAAGAUCGUGGUGGUCGGGGACACGCAGUGUGGAAAAACUGCUCUCCUGCACGUUUUUGCCAAAGACUCGUACCCAGAGAAUUACGUUCCAACGGUGUUUGAGAACUACACGGCCAGUUUUGAAAUCGACAAGCAGCGCAUUGAGCUCAACAUGUGGGACACAUCAGGUUCAGCUUACUACGACAACGUACGGCCAUUAGCUUAUCCCGACUCGGAUGCCGUCCUCAUCUGCUUCGACGUCAGUCGUCCAGAGACGUUAGACAGUGUGGUCAAAAAGUGGCAAGGAGAGACGCAAGAGUUCUGUCCCAAAGCCAAAGUGGUGCUGGUGGGCUGCAAGUUGGAUUUGAGGACAGAUGUCAACGUCAUGCGGGAGCUUUCCAAACACAGACUAAUUCCAGUCACCCAUGAACAGGGUACUCAUCUGGCGAGACAGAUCGGCGCCGUGGCCUACGCCGAGUGCACCUCCAAGUAUUCGGAAAACACCGUCCGUGAUGUGUUCCACGUUACCACGCUGGCGUCAGUAACGCGCGCCCCACGGCCCGCGCUCAAGCGUGCCACCUCUAGGCGGGGGCUCAAGCGGGUCUCGCAGCAGCCACCUCGGACUGACAUUCACGAGCACCCGCCCGCUAUCAGGAAAGAGCGCGCCAAGAGCUGCACGCUCAUGUGA